GGCGAGGGGGUGCAGCAGCUGCGGGAGGCCCUGAAGAUCCUGGCCGAGAGGGUCCUCAUUCUGGAGCACAUGAUUGGGAUCCACGAUCCCCUGGCUUCCCCUGAGGGGGGCUCCAGCCAGGAUGCCGCCCUGAGAGCCAGCCUCAAGAUGAAGCGCGGUGGCCCUCAUGCUGAUGGCGCCCUUGCUGCCCUGCUUGGUCCCAACCCUGGGCAGAAGAACGCUGAUGGGGCCAGCGACAGGAAGUAAGAGCCCAGGUCUCCAGGACAAGCCCCCCCCUGACCAGAGACCCAGCCCCUGAGGCCUGAAGACGCCCUGAGUGGGGCUGGGCUCCAGGCAUGGACGGUUGUGAGGGACACUGGCUCCCGGGGCCUGGGGGUCUGGGGAACAGAUGGCACCUCCAGGGACAAGGUCCAGGGGGAACCAGCACCCGCUGCAGAGCCCUUCCCUUGCCCCUCCCUCCCCACCCUCACUUCCCGCUGGAGACGGGGUCUGGGUGGGCUGGGCAGUGGGCGUGAGAAUAACCAUAAUACUCAUCGUGUAUGGAGUCCCUGCUAUGUCUGGGCCUGUCCAAGGAGCUUUCCUUACAUUGUCUCAUUUAACCCUUAGGAGGUAGGAUUAUUAUCCCCACUUUACACGGAGGACUGAGGCUCGGGGGGUAUAAAUAACCCCCAAAGCCACCAGAUCGUGGCUGGCUGGGGCAGGACUUGAACCCAGGCCUCUCGGUUCCUGAAGCCACGGUCUCUCAACCCUGCCAGCUUCUCUUCAUGAGGAAACUCAGACAGGGA